CUUCGUUCUGGUUGCUAGCCAUGUGCAAUGAUGCAGGAAUAAAGUACACUAUCGUCUCAGCAGUCAUUUUCGUGGUGUUGGUUCUUGUCGCAUUCGUCAUUUUGGUGUUGUUCAAACCUGUGUCUCCGGUACUGCUCACUCAGACUUUCACUCCAACUAAUGUGACCUUGAAAGCAGUGACUGUGAUAUUUCAACACGGUGCAAGCGCUCCAGAGGAGUUCCUUUCCGAUGAUUAUGACUGGUCAGAAAGUUUUCCAAAUGGAGAAUGUGCUCUUACAGAUCUUGGUUUUCGUGAAUCAUUCAAACUAGGACAAUACUUGAGGGAACGCUACGUUAAAACCGGAUUUCUCAAAUCACCCUUGUUUGCUCCAGAGGUGUAUUUUCGCAGCAGGGCCAGUGACAGAUGUCUGCAAAGCGCUGCCUUAGUUGGUUCAGCAAUGUGGGCGAUGAAUGAACAUGACGAAUACAAAGCAGUGCCAGUCUUUUCUGAAGAGAACGAUGAUACUCUGCUGACCCACAUGCAAAAUUGCGUAGCGGAGACAAGACGAAUACGAGAAGCAUGCGGAAGAUUGCCCACACACGACUUGAAGUGGUCCGACUUUGGCGGAUUCAUUCACGAGUGCCUUGGUUUUCAUCAUGAAUCUGUGCUAAGCAGUGCCGAAGUCUUCUCCGAAGCAAUGGCAUACACGCAUAUGGAUUAUCAUCACUUGCCAGUUCCAAAUUGGUUCCGCUCCAACAAAAGGGCAAUCUAUUCUAUCAUUGACAGAGUAUAUAGUUACAUUGUCGGCGUCAACGAUUACCACGACAUCGACUUGCUUAGAGUGAAACAAGGGUACUUCUUGUAUACGAUUACAGAGGAUUUGUGGAAGCAGUGGAUUGAUUACGAGCAAACGGGAAAGAUUCGAAAGAAGUUUAGAGCAUAUGUGACGGACAACUGGCUUAUGUUAGCUUUUUUGCACGCUCUUGGUUGCGGAACUUCUGCGCUUGGUAAAUCGCUUCCAAGAAAUAACCCUCUAAUAAUGAUCGAAUUGUAUCAAGGAAGCGGUAAACCGCUUGUGAAGGUGUUCUACAAAGACGACACUAUGGAUGUGCCUAAAGACGUUACAAGUGAUGUGCGCGACUGCUCAUUUGCACAUUGCCAUCUCGUUGAAUUCGUCAUACGCCCCAGAUUCUACAAAACCAACGAUUCAGAGAAAGCCUGCUUUGACACAGCAAAAACAAGACCUAAAAGAAAGCCUUAGAUAGUCCAUAAUCACAACCUUGAACAUUGCUGCUG